UCACGGCCCAAAUUAUGCUGGGCUCAUGGCUGGGAAUGCCGUCCCUUUUCCCUCUCCGAAAACUUUUAAAAUCUCCAUUUUCCCGGUUAACAAACAUCAUUUUCCGUGAAAAAAAAAAUUCAUCUAAAAGACUAAAGGACUAAAGGAAAAGGAAAAAGAUGGAACCAGUGGUGGCAACGGUGAGUGGAUACCACGGCUUGGAACGGUUCAACCUAAUCAAGCUCAUAUCUAUUGCCGGUGCCAGUUAUAUCGGCUGUUUGACUCAAUCAACCACUCAUUUGGUAUGUUGGAGAUUUGAAGGAAGGAAAUAUGAGCUUGCUAAGAAGUUAAAGACGAUAAUCGUAAAUCAUCGAUGGAUUGAAGAUUGUAUAAAGGAAGGAAAGCGUUUGCCUGAGGGUCCUUAUAUGUUGCGAAGUGGAGAAGAAAUGGGACCUUUGUUGCUGGAGAUUCCUGAUGUUGCUAAGGGAGAUGCCUUGACUAAGAAGUGCAAAGUGUUUUCUGACAAAUCUAAUGUUCAUGAUGGGGUUGGAAAUGAAACAACUGAUGUUGACCGUGGAGCUUCUGGCUUAUCUGGUUGGUCCAAAUCUGCAUUGUUGGAUGAGAAUCUUUUUCAAGAGCAUGGGAGAAACAGUUCCCAUAAACUGAAAUCUAAAGCAUUUAGAAAGUCUCCGACGGAGGAAAAUUUGUUUAGUGGUGGCAACUGCUUUCAGGAGACUAGUUCAACUGGAUUUUCUCGGGAGGAGCAUGAAGAGUUGUUUUCUUAUGCUUCGGUGCCUCCAAUGAGGAACAAAAGGAAGAUCUCAAAGAACAAAGAACCAAGUGCUCAUUGUUCCGCUCAGCUGAUGAGGGAAGAAAGAGAUAUUCCUAAUGGUAGCAGAGGCACUUCUUUGGCCGAAUCUUCUAAGAGAAAAGGACGGAGGCUUGUGAAAAAUGUCAAUAGAGAAUCAGUAGUGUUUGACAUUUCAGACUCUGACCAAGAGUGCCAUCCACCCCUCAGAGUACAUAAGCCAUACGUUGGAGUUACAAGUCCAUCUGGGCAUUCGGUUGAUAGGAUUGUUAGUUUAUCUCAAAUUGGAGGACCAUCUUAUCGUGACUUCAGUGAGCAUAUCAGAUUAGAUGAAGAAAUUGAAGAAGUUGAGGAGAUCAAAUUGAGGAAUAAGGGACCUCCUUCCAAUGAUUUAACUUCACCAGGGAAGGGUGCACAACCUGUCUCUGGAAGAACUUCACCAGAUAGGUGCUCUGAUGCUGAGAGAGAGAACCAAGAUGUUACUUCCAGAUUAUCCACAUCAAUGAAUUUAUCUUGUGUUAUAUGUUGGACUGAGUUUAGUCCAACAAGAGGGGUUUUGCCUUGUGGACAUCGAUUUUGUUAUUCAUGUAUCCAAGAAUGGGCUGACAAAAUGACUUCAAGGAGAAAGGCUCCAUGUUGUCCCUUGUGCAAGGCAAUUUUCAUGAGCAUCACAAAAGUGGAGGAUGCAGCCAUCUCAGAUCAAAAGAUUUUCUCCCAAACCAUUCCUUGUGCCACAUCAACAUUGGAUGUUUCUGUUAUUUCUGAUCAAGAAAGAACUGGUUUUGGUGCUCAGUCCUCAGCAGCUUCUGUUUGCAUCAAGUGCCGUCUGCGAGAACCCGAGGAUCUUCUUAUCAGCUGUCAUUUUUGUCAGAUACGAAAUAUCCAUAGAUACUGUCUUGAUCCUCCUUUAUUACCCUGGACUUGUAUUCACUGCCAGGAUAUUGAGAGGCUCAACCCUUACAUCUUCUAAUAUACAUGAAACUCCAUGAUGGUAAUGCAUCCAGAACAUGUCAUCUUUGACAGUGUUGUCUCUAACAUUGAUGUCGUAUAUUCAGUACUCAAUUAUAUAUAUUAUAUUACUGGGGAUGGUUAAGCCUUCUUUUUUUGGAACAAGAGAUUCUUCAUUCUUGUCUACAUCUAUAGCUGUGCCCUUUCUCGAUUACAUGAUAAUGUUGGAUACAACAUGAUCAUAGGAUAUGAAUUUAACAUUGAGAAAAAAAAAUAAGUAACGUUUGACACAACAUGACAUGAUAUAAGAAUGUGUAAAAAUCUGUCAAAAAGUUAACAUUGAUACGAUACCAAUAAACAGAAUGUAAUAGUUAAAACUGUGCUGACUUCGUAAGAGUUUGGCAUUUCAGCGGGAACAAUUGGUUGCAUUGCCCCAUUACUGUCAAUCCAUCCCUGUAGUUAUCAACAAGUCUUGAUUCCAAGGUUUCAUCAUUAUCAUCAUCAAGCAGCAGAGUUGACGCUUGUGCUUUCAACUCUUGAAUAUCAAAAGUCCAGGCACUAAUUCCCUUUUGGUACUCUCUCAUUGAUCUUGCUUCAUAUUCUGCUGCAGAUGCCAUAUUCUUCGAAGAUAGUUGUUGUGCAGAUUCACUGUUCUGAAUCUGAAGGACUUUCACAGGAUUUAGCGGCGGCCGGAAAUCAGCUAAUAACU